CUUAACAACACUGCACUCUAAACCCAUUUUCUCUUUGGUUCCAAACAACGCUAUCCAUAUCAGCUCAGAGUGUGAGCACUGGGCAAUCAACAUGGCCACAGCUCCUUCGCUUCUACACUCAUCCGGCUCCUCAUUUCUGGCUCAAUUUCGUCCCUUUCAAUCUUCUUCUUCUUCUUCACUGUUCACUCAUGGAAACAGACAUGGAAGUGCACUGGUGUCAGUGAGAGCCUCUGCUUCUGGGAUUGUGCUUGUGGAGAAGUCUGAGUCAGAGAAGGUCAAUAGGCUCAAAACAACUUACAAUGAGAAAAUUGUUCCCUUGCUCAUGGAAGAGUUUUCUUACAGCAACAAACUCCAGGUGCCUAAAAUUGAGAAGAUUGUGGUUAACUGUGGUAUCGGAGAUGCUGCACAAAAUGCAAAGGGUUUGGAAGCAGCAAUAAAUGAUUUAGCACUGAUCACAGGGCAGAGACCUGUUAAGACUCGAGCCAGAGCUUCUCUUGCCACCUUUAAGAUCAGGGAAGGUCAACCGCUUGGGAUUGCUGUUACACUUAGAGGAAAUUUGAUGUACUCAUUCUUAGACCGUGUUAUCAACUUGGGACUUCCUAGGACAAGAGAUUUCCAAGGUGUGAAUCCCAACAGCUUUGAUGGGCAUGGGAAUUACUGCAUUGGCAUCAAGGACCAAGGUGUGUUCCCAGAGAUCAGAGCUGAUGUGGUUGGUAAGCCUAGGGGAAUGGAUGUCUGCAUCGUGACAACGGCUAAUACUGAUCAAGAAGCACAGAAAUUAUUGGUUCUUAUGGGCAUGCCCUUCAGAGAGGGAGGUGGUCCUGCCACCACGGUUCGGAAAAAGAAGCUAAGGGCUCAUCAUUUUGAUUCAAAAUCAAAGGGAAAAGGAAGGAAGUAACAUAGUUUUGAUGCAAAGUCAUAGGUUAAAGGAAAUAAGGCUGGGACCAGAAGAGAAAAUGCUGUAUACCUUGUUUCAUUCAGAUGUAAUAUUAUUGAUUCUUUUUGUAAGAGGUAUUGAUGUGCCAUAAACUAUGUCAUCAAAAAGGUUGUAUUGUGGUCAUGCAGAUCGUGCUUGCUUAUUGAUUUCUAUUUAUUUCCUAAUUAUUUCGUUUAGCAGACAAUUAUUUUGGUGCUUGUUUGGUUUUCUAUGUGAAAAGCAUUAAGGCAAAGUUUGAC